UUAGACCAUGUCUUUGCGACGAAGCAUAAGGAUUGAGCUUGCUGCCAGGGCUGCCGCCGCCACCCGGAAUGAAACUAGUAGCGCCGUCCAGCGUACUGCAACCCACCGCAUAAGGAAUCGGCGUGCUGCCACCGCCACCCGAAAUGCUACUAGUAGCGCCGUACAACGGCCACGGGGCGGUGGCCCCAAGGGACGUCUUGUCCGUGAGCUAAAAGAAAUAAUGCUCAAUCCAACGGACGGUUGCCAUGUGGAGAUCGUUGAAGACGAUAUAACCCACUGGCACUGCAUUAUUCUCGGCCCUUCCAAUUCUCCCUAUGAGGGAGGGCACUUUAAAUUAGAUGUAUUAUUUCCGGAUAACUACCCGCAUGUCCCGCCUCAUGUACAAUUUACGACUCAGAUUUACCACUGCAACAUCACCAGUGGCGGCCAGUUUUCCGAUGGUAUGUCCAGGCAUAACAUACUAUCGGACAUCUGGUCGCCUAUCUUGACUGCAGAUAAAGUUCUCCUAUCGAUCAUGUCGCUGCUAGCAGAUCCCAAUCCUGACGACCCCAUGGAAAUCGUAGUUGCCAACAUGUACAAGAGGGACCGAGAGCAGCACGACCGAGUCGCCAGAGAGUGGACCACACUCUACGCCAUGCCAUAAGUUCUAUUUUGAUAA